AUGGACAUGCUACGCAGGUUGUGUCGGGCAGCUGAACUAUCAAACUGUUGUCAAGAGUACAUGUGUAAGCCUGAUACAUUUUACGCCAGACAUGGGAAAGAUGGGAAACUGCAGGCAGACAAACACCUCGAGAUUGCGAUCCUUGUUGUUUGUGGGUAUGAGAUCCAGUCGAUUAAAAACUGCAUGAUUCGGCUUGCGAGAAUAGGGAGGCUCAUCGGUCAUGGAGGUGAGAAUGUGGCAUGA